UCGCCGUUUGCCGAGCGGGCUUCCUCCAGCCCGCAACCACCCGCAGACAACAGAGACACAGUCGCCGAUCUGCACGCAUGUUUGCCCGGGCCGUCGAGAGAGCAUGCACUCCCUCUGUGCUGCAGGGCCGGAUGCUCUCGGGCGAUCGGUGGAGGCUGCCGCGUCUCCCGGGGGUGUUGUCGAGUUUGUUCCCGACAUGCCCAGCAAAGUUGCACUUCACCGGCCCCGCAAGCCAAUCGUUCAAGUUCAAGCAACGACUGCUCGUGUCUGCAUCCUUUCAGCGCCAUCAAGAUCGCUCCGAUUGGCUGUUCCAUAGGCUGCUCCGGAGGCUUCUUCCAUAUCUCCUUCCAGUCGGAUCGACUGCCAGCUUGGUCUGGAUUUCAACGCACAAGCCCAGCGGGCCUGGCGAGCAUCUCCCCGCAGCAACAGCAGUCUCCAAGGACCUCUCCAUCGACGCCGUCGGACUUGUUCAUGCGCAACCAAGCAGACAACCCAGCAAACAACACAACCACACCCUGGCAUCCAAGGCGAUAUGGCUUGGUCGCAUCAUCUGGCGCAUUCUGCAGCUUGGGCGACUCUUUGUGCCUCUACUGGCGGCGCUCCCAUACUGGUGGAUAUCCAGGGGCCGGGCCAUGUUCGCGAGCUGCGAUGUUGCCGAUACUGACAAUCCGGCGGACUGGUGGCUCACAUGGCUGGCCAGCACGCUCGAGCGAGCUGGACCGCUGUUUGUGAAGCUGGGCCAGUGGGCAAGUACUCGGUGCGAUCUGUUCCCCAGACCCGUCACAGCCGCCCUCGGGCGAUUGCAGUCCGGCGGUAGGCCCCACAGCAUCGCAGAAACGAGGACGAUAAUCUCAGAAGCACUCGGCCGCCCGAUGGACGAGAUUUUCGAAGAAUUCGACCCCGAGCCCAUCGGCGUUGGAGCCGUUGCCCAGGUCCACAGAGCCGUUUUGAGGAAAGAAGCGCUCGAUCGCGACGACCAUGGCAACGGUACUCAAGCUCUGCGCGAAUGUGCAGUCAAAGUCCUGCACCCUGGAGUGCACUCUCGGAUAGAGCUCGACCUCUGGAUGGCAUCCAUCGCUGCCGAACUCAUCGAUCGCAUCCCUGGCCUCGACGUGCUGAGUGCACCGAGCGAAAUGCGCAUGUUCAACUCGAUGAUGCUCGAUCAACUCGACCUGCGAGUCGAAGCCCAGAACCUGGCUCGGUUCCAAAACAACUUUGGGACAGAUCGGCCGCCUCAAGUGGGGGAGCCGGUGCUGUCAUUCCCACGGCCAGUUCUUGGCCUCUGCUCUCGACAAGUGCUGGUCGAGAGCUUUCAUCACGGCAUACUGAUGAAAGACCUCCUGGAUGUCGGACCCACGGUCUACGACUCGACGCUGGCAAAUCUGGGUGUUCAGACAUUUCUGAAAAUGGUGUUCCGUGAUAAUUUUACCCACGCCGACUUGCACGCAGGCAACAUCAUGGUCAGCUUCCGACCACCCAAAAUCAGCAGAGCAGGAAACGACCUCACCGAAACAGGCGACCCUCCGGCACUCAUCAAGUCCCUGUUCGAACACGACAGGCGCAUGUGGCCGUCGUUGUUUGAGGGCUUCAAGAAGCAGGGAUAUGCCAUCGAAUGCAUCAUCCUCGACGCAGGGCUGGUGUGCUCGCUCUCGGACCGCAAUCUGCGCAAUGUGACCGACUGCUUCGUUGCGGGCAUGGAGUUUGACGGAACCAAGAUCGCCGAGCUCCUGAUCUCGCGCUGUGCGACGCCUCUGGCCGAAAUCAUCGACCCGGAAGGAGCAAAGGAACGCUUGGCAACGCUGAUGCGGCAGCUCCGGCUCGACACCGACGGCAAGCUCCCGCUCUCCAAGAUCCACACGGCCGAGGUGCUCAACAGCGUCAGCCAGCUCAUCCGAUACCACCGCAUCAAGCUUGACGGGGAGUUCGUGGGGCUCUUUGUUUCGUGCGUACUAGUCGAGGGCAUUGGCCGGAGUCUGAAGGGCGAUAUGGAUAUGAUCGAUGCCCUGUCACAAGUGCUAGAUUGAAUCACGACGCCUCUUUCAAACACCAGAUUGCCCAGGUGGUCACGGAAAGCCUGCGUCCAACGGGGCUAUUGUAUCAGCAAUUACCUGGCGAGCCGGUUGCCGAGAUCGGGUCGUUGGCCAAUAUCAACAUAGGCCGAUGGCCCAGAUGAGGGCUGCCGCAGUGGUGCUUGAGCUGCCGCAGUGGUGCUUGAGCUGCCGCUGCGCUGCUUGAGCUGCCCAGCAUACUCAGCGGAGAUCGAGGGUGGGGCAAAUGGCCAUACCCUAUGCACAAUGUUGUGAAGCAACAAAUACUGGAUGGCUGGCCAAAUAUCCCGCAUGUGCUGGAUCUUGCCGCGACUAGUGCACUGAACGCACUGCGGAAAAUGCAAGCUUGCACCGUCCCGCCAUGUGGAGACUGGGG